AUCUCACUGCUGAUUGGAUUCAUCAGUGUAAAUAGUUCUCCGUGGACAAGUUACAGUGCAUACAGCUACUUUCAGAUUGUCACCAUGUGCGACUUGGUUAUGAUUUUGUUCUUCUACAUUAUCCACAUUUUCAGAAUCUACAGGAAGCUCACUUGUGUUAGCUGGCCGCUUGCGGAGUUUCUUCAUUAUUUAAUCGGUACAAUUCUGCUUCUCAUUGCAUCGAUUGUAGCAGCAUCCAAGAGUUACAAUUUGACGGGACUUGUGGCUGGAGCGACUUUCGGGUUCCUAGCUACAAUCCUUUGUGUUUUAAGCAUAUGGUCAUCCUACAAGGUUUCAUGCAUCACGCAGUCCACAAGUAAGUAUCAUGCUUAG